AUGCAUUGCUUUGAUUAUAGAAAAACUUUAAUGUUUAUUUCUGGCUCGUUUGGUGCAUCGGCUGUGCUUCUUUUUGGUGCUCCAAAAUCUCCGUUAGCUCAACCACGAAAUCUCAUUGGCGGUCAUCUCGUGAGCUCGACUAUUGGCUGUGUUAUUCGAAUUCUUCUUGUUAAAUAUGAACCGGCUGUGUCGUGUGCGCUAGCUGUAUCAGUCUCUAUUGUAUGUAUGCAAUUGACCGAAACACUCCAUCCUCCCGGAGGAGCAGCAGCACUUAUAGCCGUUCUCAUAAAUCCAUUACCAUUAGCUGGAUUCUUAUACAUUUUAAUGCCCGUUUUAUCUGGUUGCUUUAUCAUGUUAGUUGUCGCAUUGAUUACCAACAAUCUUGCAUCUAAAAGAACUUAUCCUCUUUUUUGGUGGUGA